AUGGCUCGACUGGUCUCACUGUCAGGGUUGGAGUUAGAAAGGUCAAGAAUUGUUCUCUUGUCGCAGUUCUCUUAUUCGCAGCUUUCAUCUGCUGCAACAAAGUCUGUAUUACUAGGAUUUGACCUUCGACUGGGAAUUUAUCUUUCCUACGCCCAUGCGAAAGGAAAGGGCUCUCCAAAGAGAGGAAGAAGAAUGAAUUCCUCUACGGUGCCAUUAGAUAAAAUUCCUCAAUAUGAAAGAUACAUUCUAACUAUUAAACCUGAAUUACUACAAUCACUAAAAGUGGGGGCUCUCCUAACAAGAGAUUGGUCUUUUGUUUUUUGUGAGGGUUCACCUGGGACUGAUGAUGACUCUGAUGUUGACUCUGAUGCAAGCGUCAAGCAAGAGCUGUCGAGCUCUUCUCGCCCGGGACCCACCGCUCCGGCCCCUACUACUUCUGCUGCUCAUCUCCUAAAGCCAGCAACUCCUCAAGCCCCUGAGCCCUCGGCCCUAGAACAAAGGAUGAACUCCUCCUGGAGAAUGUGGAGCAACGCAAGGGGGCUCUUGGAGAGGGUCAAAAGGUCUCCGACGUUCGACACGCAGUUGAACGGGAAUUUUGUGUCCACACUCCAGGAGACCAAUUCAAUCUCAUAA